CCAUUUUUUAUGAUCCCUAUUCGUAUAGUAUUUUCAUUGCUAUAAAUAGUGAGAAUGUGUCUUAAAUCCUAGGCACGCAGUAGUGAGCCAGAGUCGCAUUGAUCACACAAGAUUCACAACUCACACGCAGCUUCUAACUUUCAUGUCACACCCUUCUUUCUUUUUUUUUUCUUUUGGAGAUACCCGUCCUUCCUGGAUAUACUACUAGCUAGGUCACACAGAUAAGAUUACCCUUGGCUUGCUAUAUAGAUUAUAGAUAGAUUCCUUUGCAUGUAGAGAUUUUUCUUUUUCUUUCUAAAGAAAGUGAUCAGUGAGAGGACACAGCAAGAAUCUUGAUCUUUCUGCUGCACGUUGUUGCGUAGAAAAUCUUUAAAGUGAAAUCCUGCUUACGUUAAACCACACAACUCUACUCCAAGAUUUUCUUCUCUUCUCUUCUAUAGCUUCCACACCACCAUCACAUGCAACACACACACGUAGGGUUACUUUUUCUGUUAAUAUUCUAUUCUUGAAUCAAAGAUUCAAUGGCUGUAGACACGUUUCUUCUGUUGGCACUCGCUAUGUGCCGUUUGAUUGUGACGGUUGGGUUGACGGUGGUCCCGACAGAGCUCCUCCACGUGGAACUGGCCGGUCAGCUGAGCGUUGACACGUCGGAGGUGGAAGCGGCUUCGGUGGACUUCGGGAUGCUGAGCAAAGGGGAGCCCCCGUUAGCGGUGGUGCACCCGGUGUCAGCGGAGGACGUGGCUCAGGUGGUUAAGGCGGCGUAUGACGGUGGGUUCACAGUGUCGGCGAGAGGGCACGGGCAUUCCAUUAACGGGCAAGCGCUGAUGAAAGAGAGAAGUAGGGGGAGGAGAGGGGUGGUGAUUGAAAUGGUGAAGGGUCACGGUGGUGAUGGUGGUGGUCCUCCUCCGCCGCUAGUGUCAGAGAAGGGAAAGUAUGUGGAUGUGUGGGGAGGGGAGUUGUGGAUAGAGGUGCUGAGGGCAACACUUGAGCAUGGAUUGGCACCAAUGUCUUGGACUGAUUACUUGUAUUUGUCUGUGGGUGGAACUCUGUCUAACGCGGGUAUUAGUGGACAAACCUUCAAUUACGGCCCUCAAAUCUCCAAUGUUCUUGAACUCGAUGUUGUUACAGGAAAGGGUGAGGUGUUGACGUGUUCUGAAGAUGGUAACUCAGAGCUGUUCCAUGGCGUUCUUGGUGGUCUAGGACAAUUUGGAAUCAUCACCAGGGCUAGAAUUGCUCUCCAACCAGCUCCUCACAGAGUUCGUUGGAUACGGGUGCUGUACUCCAAUUUUUCAACCUUCUGUAAGGACCAGGAGUUUCUCAUCUCUCUGCAAGGGAAACAUGCAAGCCAGAGAUUCGAUUACGUUGAGGGUUUUGUAAUAGUGGAUGAAGGACUCAUCAAUAAUUGGAGAUCCUCCUUCUUUUCACCUAGUAACCCUGUUAAAAUCACUUCCCUUAAUGCUCAUGGAGAUGUUUUGUACUGCUUGGAGAUUACCAAAGAUUACCACCAAGGAAACGCAGAUUCUAUUGAUGAGGAAAUAGAGGCUCUAUUGAAAAAGUUAGAUUUUAUACAAACAUCAGUGUUCACUACGGACGUGCCUUAUGUCGAUUUUCUGGAUCGUGUCCAUAAAGCAGAGCUAAAGCUCAGAUCCAAGGGUUUGUGGGACGUCCCACAUCCAUGGCUCAACCUUUUUGUUCCAAAAUCAAGGAUUAAAGACUUUGACAAGGGUGUGUUCAAGGGCAUUCUGGGAAAUAGCACAAGUGGGCCUAUCCUCAUAUACCCUAUGAACAAACACAAGUGGGACCAUCGGAGCUCGGCAGUGACGCCAGAAGAGGAGAUGUUUUACCUGGUAGCGUUUCUGAGAUCAGCCUUGGAUACAGAGGCACUGGAGUACCUGACUAAGCAGAACCGUCAGAUUCUAAGAUUCUGCCAAGAUUCAGAGAUCAAGGUGAAACAGUACAUGCCCCAUUACACAACACAGCAGGAGUGGAUGGACCACUUUGGGGAUAAGUGGACCCAUUUCCAGGCCUUGAAGAUGCAAUUCGACCCCCGCAGAAUCUUAGCCACAGGCCAGCAAAUAUUUCAAUUUGAUGAGCCAUAUACAGAUGAUAUGAUAUGUAGCAAAACAGCAAAUUCAGAUUUGGAAGGACAACAAUGGAAACACAUAAAAUAAUUCAGUUCUAUUCCCCUCUUGGAGCCUCAUAAUCAUACAUGUGAGGAAGAUACAAGUAUAAUUUCUAAAAUCAGCUUGCCGUUAAUAUAAACGCAUACAUCAUCAUUCAUAAGAAGAACUAUGUUCACUUUUUACGGUGAAGUGAGUGUUGACACCUGUCAACACUCGUGCAAGUGUAUUCAAACAUACACUAGAUGGGCCUAAACAAUAAACUGUAUUUGUAUUGUACCAUCAUGAUUAGAAAACAAUGAGGAGGAUCACAGCAUUACAAGGAGGGUAUAGUCUUGAUCAAAAAAAAAGGAGGGUAUAGUCCAGGUGCAAGAGUGGUUGAGGAGUUGCUAGCUGAGAUUAGUGGGAUGGAGUUGGGGUUAUUGUCAUAUAGGAAGCAAGGUAAGCAAAAUGUGUUUUCAAAAACACUUUCAAUGAAAAUUCAAAUUUCACUAGGAUUGAAAUGAAAGUAAUUUUAGAUGAAUGUAAUGAAAUGAAAAUUCAGACACUCACUAGUAAUUUUACCCAAUUAGUUUGGAGUUGAUGUUACAGAGUGGUGGGGACGUGGGGUCUUUAUUGGGGCGUGGAUGGAGCUAAUGCACAUGAGAUGUUCCAGUGCAGCGCCCGUGAUCCCGACCGUCUGUCUGAUUUGGUUAUUGUCUUGUUCACAACCAAGCAGCUGUUUCUGGUUUCACUACUCUGGUUUCAGGUUUCACUUCUAUAGAUGCUUGCCAUCUUCUGUGGUUCCAAAUUUUGAAAAAUAAUGAACUUUUGGGCUUUUAACUUUUAUUAUUCAUCCAAAAUCAUUGUACAUAUAAAUUCUUCUAGACACAUCAGAGCUGUCUGUCUAUCACUCUUCUAGCUACAAGGAACCAGCAGGAAUAACAGCUCUGAAUGGAAACCAGGCUGUACCACACCGUGUAAAUUUCAUAUAAUAUCGACUAUUUUAUUUCUCCA